UCCGGCGCCUAGGACGUGACGGAUCGCAUCACUUCCUUUUAAGCUCGGCGCCUGGGAGGUGGGGCCCACGCGGAGUCAACAUGAGGAUCGAGAAAUGUUAUUUCUGUUCCGGGCCGAUCUACCCUGGCCACGGCAUGAUGUUCGUCCGCAACGACUGCAAGGUGUUCCGAUUUUGCAAAUCCAAGUGUCAUAGAAAUUUCAAGAAGAAGCGGAAUCCACGCAAGGUCAGGUGGACUAAAGCCUUCCGGAAGGCAGCCGGCAAGGAACUCACGGUGGACAACUCAUUUGAAUUUGAAAAACGCAGAAACGAACCUGUGAAGUACCAGCGAGAGCUGUGGAAUAAAACUAUUGAUGCAAUGAAAAGGGUUGAAGAGAUCAAACAGAAACGGCAGGCUAAGUUUAUAAUGAACAGGUUGAAGAAAAACAAAGAACUACAGAAGGUUCAGGAUAUCAAAGAAGUCAAACAGAACAUCCAUCUUAUCCGGGCUCCUCUUGCAGGCAAAGGAAAGCAGCUGGAGGAAAAAAUGGUACAGCAGUUACAGGAGGAUGUGGACAUGGAGGGCACUUCCUAAUGGUGCCGCCUGCAGCCAGCCCUGUGCACACUGGAAACCAGUGGAGACUUUCGGUCCCUAAGUUAUUGAUUGGUUACAUAAUGUCCCCCAGGCAAAGGUGACUCACUGCUCUCUCUACAGUGCAGCCUGUAAAAGCAUCCAUUGUGGAUAUUAGGUCUCAACUCAAUGUUCUGCUUCAUUGUGUUAUGCUCACAGAAACAUGAAAGUUUGUGUGUAGAUGAAGGUGUGAACCCUGGGCAUAACAUAGUUGAAUUGUUGCUUAAUGGCAGCAGGCAGCAUUUCUGCACUGACUAUCAUGCUAGUGUGAAAUUUGUAAUAAAGUAAUAUUUUCCUUGCACUAGGAUAGUCUGUUUAUUAGGGUUAUUGAUGCAGAGCUCACAGCAAGGAACUAACCGUUCUCAUGACAACCCCAGUCUCUUGUUUUGCUUUUGUCUGUUUAGUAUCUCCUUAGAGUUGCAUAAUGGCCUCAUACAGUGCCACUGUGCUGCUGAGUUAUGCUGGGCUGUCUGCUCUGCUUCAGCCGUGUAGUCGGCAGCUUGUGGGGGUGGGGCGGGGCUUACUAAACUUCCUGAAUGGUACCUUGUUAUUGCUUUGGAGAAUGCUCAACUCCAAGUUGGGAGUUCUGCUCCCUCCUCCCCCAAUUCUCUCCAGCCAGCAAUGGUCUAGAAGCAGAAGAAUCUUGGUGCCUUUUAUUUAUUUUUUAUUUUUUUUUGGUUUUUCGAGACAGGGUUUCUCUGUGGCUUUGUAGCCUGUCCUGGAACUAGCUCUGUAGAUCAGGCUGGUCUCGAACUCACAGAGAUCCGCCUGCCUCUGCCUCCCGAGUGCUGGGAUUAAAGGCAUGUGCCACCAUCGCCCGACUCGUGGUGCCUUUUAAAUUUUAUUUUGUGGUUUUUUUUUUUUUUUUUUUUUUUUUUUUUUUUUUUUUUUUUUUUUUUUUUUUUUUUUUUUUUUUUUUUUUUUUUUUUUUUUUUUUUUUUUUUUUUUGAGACAGGGUCUCUUUGUGUAGCUUUAGCUGUCCUGGAACUCACAGAGAUCUACCUGCCUCUGCCUCCUGUAUACUGGGAUUAAAGGUGUGCCAUCACACCAAGCAUUUUUGAUUUUCUUAAAAAAAAAAAACCCAGCCAAACAAAAACUCUUUGUUUUUGGAAAACAGAAUGGAAAGACUGUUGCCUAUUAAUUUGUACAUAAAUAAAACCAUUUCUAAAGUGA